AUGUUGGCUAGGUUGGUAAAGAUGCCGAAAACCAGUUCGAAAUCAACACGAACGAAAGCGAAAAACAAACGAAAGGCGACAGCAGACCCCGCGGAAACUGCAAGUGAAAUUCCAGUUGUCGAUAUCAAGGAAACAAUGAUGUCUGAAAUGAGAGAUGUUGGGUAAGGAUGAAGUUGAUUGCGUAGUAGUUAUCUGGUUAUACCAUCGAUGGACCAGAAACAAGCCAAAAUCUUUCGAAAGUCAAAGCAUGAUCACAAAAUGGCUUACGAACCGCAUGGAAUCAACAUAAUUAAUUCUUCCUUUCAGUUACGAUGGGACUCAUUUCGCCAUGUCUCUAGAAGCAAGCGUGGAAAAUAAAAUGAAGCGAGGGAAACCGCCACGCAGAAACCGCUAUUUACACUACUGUAACUGGGCACACGCACUGUUGGUAUGUAUCGUGCUUGUUUACGAAGCUUGAUCGUUUGUUGUUCUAAUUGAGGUCACGUGUUGCAAGGUCUAUUGGACGCGCUGUAGUCAAUUUCAAACUCACUCACUAUCCGUUUAUACAUCUGUACGACAAAAAUCCAUGUUUGUGUCAGAAAUUUUAAGGAAAGGCGAUUUUUCUAGUAUCAUCGUAAAAUUGCUUUAUAUAAUGAGUUGCAUUGGUACUUUUUUCGGAUAAAAAAAACUGCUUGGGAUCUUAUGGGUAGCAAAUCCUUCCAUGCAUGGGUCUCAGUAGUACAAUAACUUUGGUAGGCUUUAGCAUUUAAAAAAACUAAGCUAUGGGUUGAAAUAUAAACAAUUCCCGGUAGGGUAGUUUUGUUGAGAAUUCAUAAAGAGAAUACCCCUACCCUGUGCCUGAUUGCCUUGUAUUUCGUUUUGUGCUAGAGAAGAGAGAUUGGCCCUCCAGACGCUGAAUUUGCCUUCCCCCCUUGUGUCUUAACAUAUAUUCGCCACUUGGCUCCAGGAGAUGUAAAGGGAGAAAUCAAGGAGGUGUGUACAACCGGCUUUACUUUAUUUUCAAGAAAAAUAUUUGCCUUACUUCAUUUCCACUUCCAUUCGCCUAAUACAAGAUAUCACCCAGUGUAGCACAUUUUAAUACACUUCCUUUAAUUUUUAGGAUGCUUACCAAGUGACCAUGAAGGAGUUUUGUGAAGCAAUGGAUUUGCAACCAACAAACUAG